GGGAGUAUGCACUGAAACUCGGCCGCAAUGUGGCGCUGCGGUUCCCCGAGCCCGGCGCCAUGCUUGUGGUUGUGCCGCAGCAGCCGACGCAUGCUUGCAGCUGUGUUCCGUAAGUGUUGUGUGGUGUUCCCUAGCAUUUAGGUUUCUCGUGUGUUGCAUGUGGCGUUGGUUGUUUGCAAUACUGCUGCGUUGGAAGCUUCCUCUACGGAUACACGCUGUAAAGACUUGGAAAAGUGCCCACACCGGAGCACGUUGUUGCGCGACAAAAAGCUGCUGUGUACGUCUCAUUCGGCGCGACUGCAGUGUAACAUGCAACUCAGCGACUACGCAAAGUCGCUGCCUGACCCCGAGCGCAGCAGAUACAUCAUCAAAAUCGCGAAAUGCGGCGGAGAUGACCCGUUGGCGCUGUCCGAUGACCACUUUACGAACGAUGUUGCUUUUUAUCCAAGUGUCGACCGUGCGGACAUCAGAGACUAUCUAGUCCACGGGACGAGCUUCGUGACGCGGGAUCAGCUAAAGAGCUAUAAAUCCCUGGAGGCUCAUAAUUACGUCACCAGUGGCCUCGUGGAGCCACCAAGAGUGAAAGUUCGUGAUGGCAACGUCGUCGUCGUUGGAAAGGUCCGCCACUCUCAGGCGUUCAGAGAUAAGCUGCUGCUGCCGUGGCUGUUGAUUAAAGCUGACGGGGAAGUUUUGUGCGCGCACUGUACGUGCAUGGCCGGCCUCGGGGAGGCGUGCUCACACGUUGGUGCAGUGCUCUUUUAUUUGGAGGCUGUUGUGACACGCCGGGAUGGUCAAUCAUGCACAGAUGGGCAAAAUGCAUGGCUACCGCCUCAUCUCGUCAGUCUGGAAUGCCGACCGGUGGCAGAGAUGGACUUCGCGUCUUCCGCAAUGAAAAAACGCCGCCUGGACGACACUGAGGCUGCCCCCCGCGACCCACCAAGUGUUGAAAUGCCCAAGCCGAGAGAGGACGAGAUGUUAAAGUUUUUCUCGUCAUUGAGUAAAUCUGAGGGUAGGCCAGCACUUCUCUCGCUUGCCCAAAAAUUUGCUGACCCCUACAUUCCCUUGGGCUUGAAGUACCCCAAGCUCCUCCUCCGCAAUCUGCAAAGGAAGCAGUGCCCAAUUUCCUUGGAGGAUGUACAGGCAGAAUGCCGUAAUGUCUUGCAGGACCUCUCAAUUGAGCCUGAUGUGUGUGUACUGAUCGAGAAGCAGACAAAGGCCCAAUCUGCAUCCGAGAAGUGGCAUUUAUUUCGGACUGGACGCAUCACAGCUUCAAAUGCAGGAGCGGUAUUUGCAACUUCAUUGACCAAGCCUUCAAAGAGCCUGCUGAAGAGACUGUGCUACCCAGAGGACUGCAAAUUCCAGACUGCAGCAACUCAGUGGGGAAAGAAGAAAGAAGCUGCUGGGAGGGCAGCUUACAUAGAGGCAAUGCAGAAGCACCAUCUAGGCUUUAAGUGUGAAAUGUCUGGCCUCCACAUAAGCAUAGAGCGACCAUUUCUGGCUGCAACUCCUGAUGGCCUUGUACAUUGCAAUUGUUGUGGAGACGGCCUUCUGGAGAUAAAAUGUCCAUACUCUGCAAAAGAUGCACUUAUUUGCGAAAUUCCAGAGCGGCAACGAUCUUAUCUUGUAGUUGAUGGCAAUGAUGCAAAGUUAUUGAGAAACCAUCAUUACUUCAAGCAAACUGCUGAGCCUAAUGUAAGCAGCAUCAAGCCACCUUUCUACUGUCCUCGUUACGGUUGA